UGUUUCGGUUGUUCGGUCCACUUGACAGUCGACAGUCGGAAUUACGUUAGGGUUGAAGUCGUGCAUUUCUCUCAUUGUGAGAGACAACGCAAGGAUGCGACGAUUGUUCAAAUCCUGAGAAUACAAUUUCUCUACUAUUUUCUCUUUUCGAAUAUAUAGAGAUUUUCGUGUAAACAUCCAACGAUCACGAUCCAAGGAAAAAACCAGUGAUAUAUAAAAAGAGCUCGUAUGCAACACAUUCGUUAAAACGUCAAGAAUCAUCUUUCCAUUUUUCAUAUCCUUGUUUAUCUCGCGAAAAAAAGAAAAGGACUAUUGGUUAUCGUAAAACGAAUUCAAUGUGAUUCGUAGUUCGUGAUUCGUGUUGAUUUUCUCAUAUCACGAAUCUCAACUUUGGUGUCAACGCGUUAUUGUUUUCAUUCGAAAAAGAAGGAAAGAAGGAAAAUGACUGCUGCUGCUGCUGCUGCUGUUGCUGCGUCGCAUGUUUUCGUCCUUGUCCUUUGUCUAUUACUUUGUCAAGCUGACUUUUCUCAUGCAAUAUCCGGCAGAGGUGACAGCCAGGUUCUUCUUGGAGAAGUCGACAUCGCGAUUAAAGAUGAUCACUUAGGUGUCACCGAAAUCACCACAGAUGAGCCUUAUUUGACAAAAUGUAUCGUCGAUGGAAAUGCCUAUUCGCACAGUCAAACGAUACCGUCGCAAGAUGUAAACUCUCAUUGCCUGUGCGUAGCCGGUGAGGUUUAUUGUUGGUGGCAAAAUUAUAAUCCGAGUACAGACUCUUCUAUGGGGAUUGGUGGUGGUGGUGGCGGUGGUGGUGGUGGUGGUAGUGGUUCUGCUUCGUCAUUAUCAACAACGACGAUAGGAAGCAAUUACACACCCAUGUUGGAAUUAAGUACGGACACUGCCGAUAGUUCUGAAGCUUCCGGUGAUCGGGUUGAUAUAAAUUCGACCUACUCGACUACGACAACACCGUCUGGCCCAACAACGUGCCUCGUCAUGGGUAGGGAGUAUCGAGAAGGUGAGGUACUGCCACAUUCGACCGGAAACUGCGUAGAAUGUAGCUGCGGUUCUGAAGGUCGAGUCGAAUGUUCUCCUAGAGAUUGCGUACCUUUAAGGCCCGAGAUACCGGUUGCACCAGAUAUACCUGAACCACCUGGUGCCGAUUUCGAAGUUUUUGAUUUGGCACGUGACCGAGGCAUCGACGAGGGAUUUUAAUAAGCUUUCCCCAUUGAUUUUUUUUUCUUUACCCUCUCUCCUUUAUUUCGUCGCGUUCGAUGCAACGAUUCUCAUUUCGAACAAUGAACAACGAUAUUAUAUUAUUCAUUAAUUUUUAUUGUUAAGUAUAGAAAAUGUAUUAACCCUAAUAGAACAUAUAUAGAUAACAAUGAGUUUAGGGUUGCGUCAAAGUUGAGAAAAAAGUGCUUUAAAUUAUUAUUUCAUUCUAAAUAUCCGCUUUAACCGUUUGAGCCCAAAACAGCGUGAUCGCGCUCGUGAGGAUUUUAUAUCGAGAAAACCCAGCAAAUUUUGAGUGUUGUGGAUAAAUUAGGGUGCAUCACAAAUUAUCUAAAGUCGAUCGCAUAAAUUUAUAA